UUGGGUCGCAUUCAAAAAGGAGAUAAAGUGUUGAUUACAGCUUCUGCAGGAGGAACGGGACAUAUUGGCAUCCAAUGGGCUAAACAAAAGGGCGCUUAUGUUAUUGGGUUGACUUCAUCUGAAGAUAAGGCAAAACUGUUGAAAGAGUUGGGAACCGAUCGAGUGAUCAAUUAUAAGACCGAGAAUUUGGAUGAAGUGCUCACUAAAGAGUUUCCGGGCGCUUAUGUUAUUGGGUUGACUUCAUCUGAAGAUAAGGCAAAACUGUUGAAAGAGUUGGGAACCGAUCGAGUGAUCAAUUAUAAGACCGAGAAUUUGGAUGAAGUGCUCACUAAAGAGUUUCCGAAUGGAGUGGACGUUGUUUGGGAGACAAUUGGUGGACAAGUAUUUGAAACUCUAUUAAAUCAUUUGGUACCAAAGGGUAGAUUAAUAAUUGUUGGCUCUAUUAGUGGAUAUAAGUCUGAAAGAAUAACAUCGCCUACCAUUGAAAACCUUAACUUUAAAGUUGGCUCUAAGACUCUAUCAGGGUUUUGUCUACCCGACUACAAGGAUUUAUACGCCAAAUAUUUGAAACAAUUGAUUGGAGACGUUGUGAACAAUAAACUGCGAGUUGUGUUAGAUUUGGGACAAAACACAAGUGAAGGAGAAUUCACUGGAAUUGAUUCAGUCGUCAGAGGGGUUGAGGAUUUGACUUCAUCUGAAGAUAAGGCAAAACUGUUGAAAGAGUUGGGAACCGAUCGAGUGAUCAAUUAUAAGACCGAGAAUUUGGAUGAAGUGCUCACUAAAGAGUUUCCGAAUGGAGUGGACGUUGUUUGGGAAACAAUUGGUGGACAAGUAUAUGAAACUCUAUUCAAUCAUUUGGCACCAAAGGGUAGAUUAAUAAUUGUUGGCUCUAUUAGUGGAUAUAAGUCUGAAGGCAUAACAUCGCCUAACAUUGAAAGCCUUAAAUUAUUAAGAGGCUCUAAGACUCUAUCAGGGUUUUAUCUACCCGACCACAAGGAUUUAUACGCCAAAUAUUUGAAACAAUUGAUUGGAGACGUUGUGAACAAUAAACUGCGAGUUGUGUUAGAUUUGGGACAAAACACAAGUGAAGGAGAAUUCACUGGAAUUGAUUCAGUCGUCAGAGGGGUUGAGCAUUUGCAUUUGGGUCGCAAUAUUGGAAAAAAGUAG